GACAGCAAAGCAAAAAAGAGGGCAUUGAACCUGAAUUCAACUCAAAAUUUAUCAUAAUUUUCAUUCGUGUUAUUGUAUUGUCGUGUUUUAUCGUUAUCAUUGAUAACACUUUCAGGCUUCGGAUUAAAUUUCAAGUAUCAUUUGGUCAUUCCUUGUGUUGGUAAUUUAGUUUCACUAUGUCUUCGACUCAUGUGUUCAAUGUUGAGAUGACCUGUGAAGGCUGCUCGGGGGCCGUGGAGAGAGUGCUCAACCGGUUGAAGGGACAAGGUGUAGAAGAUGUAUCAAUUAGCUUACCAGACCAAAAGGUAUCUGUGACCGCCACCCUAAGUGCUGAUCAAUUGCUUGAGGUUAUCAAGAAAACAGGAAAGAAAACUACUUAUGUGGGGACACAGUAGAUCAUUAAAGAUUAUAUAAGUACCUAAGGCUGUAAAUAUUUGGAUAUUAAAAAUAUCAAGACACUCUGUAAUGUGUGCUAUCUGAGAAGAUAGAUAAAAUUAUUAAAAAUCUAUUGUUUCAUUAUCAUCUAUCAUGUUACCAGUUCAACUAAAUAUACUGUUUUUUUACAAAUAACUAUUUUUAUUAUAUCUUAAUAAAACAAAACUGUUUAA